AUGAUCAUGAACUUUGAAGUGCAAGCCGAGAGGGUGCAGGCCACCAACAUGGAUACUGCUGUUCAAACUCCUUCAGAUCAGCAUCUUUGCUACGUUCGUUGCAACUUCUGCAAUACCCUUCUUGCGGUGGGGAUACCAUGCAAGAGGCUGUUGGAUACAGUGACAGUGAAAUGUGGGCAUUGUAGUAAUUUAUCAUUUCUCACCAUUAGGCCUUCUCCUCUUGAUCAUCCUCUUCAACCUCCCCCUCUUCCUCCUUUUCAGACUACUUUCUCCGGUGAUUUCAAAAGGGGUCAAUCUUCAUCUUCUUCAUCAUCAACAUCGAACGAGCCCACGUCCCCGAAAGCUCCCUUCGUCGUCAAACCACCUGAGAAGAAACACAGGCUACCAUCUGCUUACAAUCGAUUCAUGAAGGAGGAAAUCCAACGCAUAAAGGCUUCAAAUCCUCAAAUACCUCAUCGAGAAGCUUUCAGCACCGCAGCAAAAAAUUGGGCAGGGCACAUACCGAAUGGAUCCAUCUCUGGGAGCAUCAACACUGGUCUUGAUCUUUCAGGAUUGAAGUAA